AUGGCAACCUCUGCAGCUUUAGCCAUUUUUGCAAUUUGUCUCUCUUGUUUAGUCUCCAUAGAUGCUGCCUCUAAACCUAGACAUGGAUUCAGUGUUGAACUGAUUAACAGAGAUUCACCAAAGUCUCCCUUUUACAAACCUGACGAAACUCAUUCUCAACGCUUGGCUAAUGCUCUUCGUCGAUCCAUAAGCCGUUCCCAUCAUUUUAACAGAAAAAUUAAUGCAGAAUCUCCCACAACUGUAGAGUCUGAGAUAUUCAAUGUCCAGGGUGAGUUUCUCAUGAAACUUUCAGUCGGCACACCACCUUUUGAAAUUUUAGCCAUUGCUGAUACUGGUAGUGACCUUAUAUGGACACAAUGCCAGCCCUGUGAUCAAUGUUAUCAACAAGAUGCUCCUAUUUUUGAUCCAAAAUCUUCCUCAACUUAUAGAGAUUUGUCCUGCACUUCAAGCCAAUGUGAAAGGGUAAAUGAUCAAAGCAAAUGUGAUGUUAAUCAGCAUUGCUAUUACACAUAUGCUUAUGGAGAUAGUUCCUCCACUUCUGGAAAUUUUGCUGCUGAAACCAUUACCUUGGAUUCUACAAGUGGCCGCCCUGUGAAUUUCCCUAAAUCUCUAUUUGGUUGUGGACAUGACAAUAGUGGAACUUUUGGUGCACAAGGUUCAGGCCUUGUUGGCCUUGGAGGUGGCUCCAUUUCUCUUAUUUCUCAACUGGGUUCUUCCAUUGAUGGAAAAUUUUCAUAUUGUUUGGUGCCAGUUAGCUCCACAGCAACAUCAAACUCAUCAAGCAAGUUGAAUUUUGGAAGCAAUGCCGUGGUUUCAGGUGAAGGAGCCGUGUCCACCCCAUUAACCAAGAAAGAACCUGACACCUUCUACUUUCUAACACUGGAAGCUAUAAGUGUUGGAGAAAAAAGAAUAGAAUUUCCUGGUUCUUCCUUUGGAGCAAGUGACGGAAACAUUAUAAUUGAUUCUGGAACCACAUUGACAUUAGUCCCACAAGAUUUUUACUCAGAAUUGGAAUCAGCAGUAGAAAGUGCGAGCAAUGGACGACGAGUCCAAGACCCCACGAGUACUUUGAGUCUUUGCUAUGCUGCUGAUAAUAAUCUAGAGGUUCCUGUAUUGACAGCCCAUUUCAGUGGUGCAGAUGUGGAGCUGAAAACUAUAAACACAUUUAUUCAAGUUUCUGAAGGUGUAGUGUGUUUGGCUUUUAUAGCUAAUGAUUCAAUUGCAAUAUUUGGUUACAUUGCACAGCUGAACCACUUGGUAGGAUAUGAUAUUCAAGAGAAUACGGUGUCGUUCAAGCCAACUGAUUGCACCAAGGAGUAA